ACUUGUUGAUUUUGGUUCAGCGUAUUUUUGUAAUCUACAAGCUUACCAUUCUGAAAAAUCUGGCCAAAUUCAAAUCAUGUAUUUAGUAAAAAAAUUAGGGGUUUAUGUACCCUCUGGCCAUGUAGUGCCUUACUUUUCUGGCUGAUGUUCGAAACUUUUGAGAGAACUCGAACCUAUGACAUAGGACAUUCCCCUACACGAAAAGUUCCCACAACUGCAACAACAUUUAUCCGUCUCGCCAAAAUGGAGGAAAGUGGAGUGUUGGGUUCUGACGAUGUUGAUGGCUCAAUGGAAAUGAACGAGGAAAGCUCAGAUUCUUCAGAUUCUGAUGAAAGCAACAAUAGAUAUGACGAAGAAAUUCAAAAUCUUCAAGAGUCUGUCACAGCAAACCCAUUUCAAUAUGAUGGCCACAUUAGUCUCAUUAAAGCAUUACGGUUAUCCGGGGAUCUUGAUGCUACACGUAAAGCAAGAGAGUGCAUGUCUGAAAUCUUUCCUUUGACAGAAGAGCUUUGGUUAGAAUGGAUAAAUGAUGAAAAGCCGUUAGCAUCAUUACCAGCUCAAAGAAACUACAUGGAAUCACUGCUUCAAAAGGCUGUCAAGGAUUAUCAAAGUGUUCGUGUCUGGAUAGAGUACUGUCAAGUUGCUAUGGAUGGGAUUCAAAGUGCAAAUGGAAUUGAUAAUGUGCGAAAACUGUAUGAAAAAGCAGUGACAGCUGUUGGUUUGCAUCUAACUGAAGGCUCCUCUGUAUGGGAUAGCUACAGAGAAUUUGAGAUGGAGAUUUUACAGUCUUAUCAGCAACUACAUGGCAUUGAGAACGCGGGAACAUCGCUGCAAAGAAUUGAGGAGCAGAUAGCUCGAGUGGAAGUUCUCUUUAAGAGGCAGCUUGCAGUACCGCUGUUUGGCAUGGAACAGACAAUGCAAGAAUAUGAAGACUGGACCUCGAACCCGAUCCCAGAUACAGUGGACAAAGCAUACCAGAAGGCGUUGGCAAAACUAGAAAAAUGUAUGCCCUUAGAGGAUGCACUUAGCAAAGCAUUGAAGCCCAAGUUAGCCGAGUAUCGAGAUUACAUUGCUCUUGAAAUGAAGGACGGUGAUCCUGCCAGAGUCCAAUGUAUUUACGAAAGAGCCAUAAAGGAUAACUGCCUGGACCCGAGCUUAUGGAUUGAAUACACUGAAUACUUGGACAAGAAGCUUAAAGUGGCAUCAGUUGCAUUACCUGUUCAUGAAAGAGCAACCAGGAAUUGUCCGUGGGUUGGCAAACUCUGGGUUAAUUAUAUCAAGGCGAUGGAGAAAGAGAACAGGGAACCAUCUGAUGUAAAAGUUGUUUUCCAAAAGGCACUCACAUGUGGAUUUAGUUCGGGUUCCGCCUACACUGAACUGUGGCUCACUUACUCGGAUUAUAUGAAGCGGCAGAUCACAUCCUGGGAUACAGAUGAAGGCAAAAUUAAAGAUCUAAGAGAGACAUUUGAGAACGCAGUUAAUUACAUGGAUCACUAUUUUGGUACUGAUGGUGAUAAAUUAUCUCUUUUGAGGAGGUAUUGGGCUGCUAUCGAGGCGAAAUACCUCAAUAACUUACGUAAAGCGCAAGAAAUCUGGGAUUCUGUGAUGAAAAUUCACGGCAAAGAAACCCACAUGUGGCUAGAAUACACGCAUUUCUUAAGGUUGCAUGGUGAUCUUGUUUCAUGUAGAAGAGUUUUUCAAAGAGCUGUACAAACCACCGUGGAUGACACAGAAAAACUUUGUGGAGCCUUUGUAUGUUUUGAACGGGAGGAAGGAACAUUUGAACAACUUGAGUCUGCGAUAGAAAGAACGGAGAACCAGCUCAAGAAAGUUGAAAACAGGCGUCAAAAGGAAACUGAAUUUGAUGCAAGCAAAGUUGCCGAGAGGGAGCAGAAGCAGGAGCGACAAAAACAAGCAAAGUUACAAAAAAAUAAACAAAACAGAAAACUCGGUAAACAGCAAAAAUUGACUGAUGAAAGUUCCUUAAAGAAGAAUGCUUUUCCUAAACGUAAACUUCCAAUAUCUACUGGAGGCAAAGAUGAACCUCCUACAAAAAAGGCCAAAGAAGCUUCUAGACAUGAUGGUGGACCUGCGGAUCAAAACAAAGUUGAAGCAAAGACCGAUGAUAAUUUUAUCGAAGAUAAAAGUUUGAUAAAACGUGCUUCUGAAGACGCAAAGGACCGAACCGUGUUUCUCAGCAAUCUUUUAUUCAGUGUCGGAGAAAAGGAUAUUGAGGAGAAAUUUCAACAGUGCGGGGAGAUAGCUGACAUUCGUAUAAGCAGAAAUUUUAUGGGCCGUUCCAAAGGAUUCGCCUACCUUGAAUUCAAAGACAAGGUUUCAUGCGAAAAGGCUUUGCAGCAAGAUCGGGCAUUACUUAAUGGUCGUCCGGUUUUCGUCUCGCCAUGCCUCGAUAAAGAAGCAAAUAAACAACCACAAUUUAAGUAUGCCUUGACAGUUGACAAACACACAGUUUUUGUUACAAACAUACCUUUUGAUGUAACUAAAGAAGAACUGGAACAAAUCUUCAACAAGGUUGGCGAGAUAAAAGAAAUACGAAUCGUUACGAACAGAGCGGGAAAGCCAAAGGGAUAUGCUUACAUAGAGUACUUAGAUGAGACAUCGGCUUCUGGUGCCGUUUUGAAAUUGGAUGGUCAUACGAUUAAAGAAAGACAGAUUUUCGUCGCCAUAUCAAAGGCUCCUUCCCGUGAAGAAAAAGCUAAGCAAAGGACAGAUCAAAACAAGCAACCAAUACCUGGAAGCCGUGGAAGAGCAAAGACCCAACUCGCUCUGGUACCAAGAUCAAUACACACCCAUGCCACUCAACAACCAGGAACAAAUCAACAGCCGAAACAAUCACAAACGCAACCCGGAACAUCAGAAAGCACCCAGCCUAAAGAAGCAGCUGGCAAGUUAAGCAAUGAUGACUUCAGAAAGCUGUUAGGAAAAUAAGGUUCUCCUCUCGUAUUUCACAGGUGAAGAUGUGCUCUUCCGGACCACGAAAAACUUUCUUCGAAGCUUGCUACCUCUAGACUGGAGAGAUAGUAUAUUUUUGAAAGCAGGCAGUUGAAUUGCAACAUUGACAAAUCUGCAUCAGUCGAUUAGACGCGUUGAAAGAGCUUUAGGUAGGCAGCAACCACGAUUUGUUAAGAACUCUAACAAGUUCGCGCGAUUUUCUCGUUUCACCUCAUUCACCCACCAAGAUGAACAGUCAUUUGCUGAGGUCACUCCUUUAAUGCGGUCGACUUUUGCUUAUAAAAGCUACUUACAUACUGUACUUGCAUACUGUAAAUCAGUUGUCUAAUGCCAAUUGAAACUUAACUGCAAUCCACCUUUAAUGCGGUUGACUUUUGUUUAUAAAAGCUACUUACAUACUGUACUUGCAUACUGUAAAUCAGUUGCCUAAUGCCAAUCAAAACUUAACUGCAAUCUAGCUUUUGCUUCUAUUCAAUAAGGGUCAUCUUCACUAAAGCAAGGUCUUUAUUGUCCUCUCAAUUUAAAAUGUAUAAAUGCAGUUAUAUAUGCUUCAAAACUAAACAGAUAAUCUCUAAAGUUUUCGUUUUUUUUACGUUUCUAUUGAGUUUUUGCUGCAUAUUAUAAAACCGUCAAUGAAAACGUCCAAAGUCUCUAUACACAAGUUCGUAGUAAUUCACCUCUAAGCUGGCUGAUUAGCUGAGAAAGCCAGAUGAGAAAAUUGUCUUUUUAUUUACCUGUCCAAAAUAAUCCCUAGGUUUUACGCUUUGCUUGUGACAAUCGCAUAGGGAUAUAAUUUUGAGCUGAAGUUUGAUUCUCCCGCAUUAUAUCAUUGGUUUAAGGUAGUCUUAUCGAGCGUCUGUUUGGAUUGAUAAUUAUGUUAAGGAAAUCUUUAAGCAAAUGGAUUCACCUUUCAUGAUCAAAUAUCCUAUUUUCUACUCAUGUCAAAAGUACUAGAUGUAAAUGGUCGUAGCUUUAAGGAUAAUUUUUGUCCAUUUUUCUUUCAAGCGCCUUCUACGAAAAAUUGUAAGGAAUGAAAAAUUUCAAGCGCCUUCUAUUAAUGUUAGAAAUUCGCCACCAUUACUGGAAAUAUUUUGCGAUAUAGUCGAUGUCAUAAAAAUGUUUAAGUGAUACAAAAGUCAUUGCGUCAAACUAUCUUAAACAAAUAAAAUUUGAUAUUUCUUUAGGGCGUUUAAGAUCAAGAAUAAAUGUCAGCUUAUUAUCUUUGCAAAAAAUCAUUGAACUCAACAAAUUUUUCAAAAUAUAACAACCUAAAUCUAACAACGUUUGCGAAUUGUCACCCUUGUUGAAAUUCUCUCGUUGGACGCUAGUUUGUAUUGGUUUACUUCGGAAUGUAUCUCCAAGCUUUUUUGUCAAAGAAUGUAUAAGCUUUUACCUUCAAAAAAUUGUCACAUUUUGUGAGAAAUUAUUGGCUUUUUUAAUAUUUGUUACUCGGUGUUGUUAAAUUUUUUACUCGGUGUUAGAUUCAUAUGUCAAGCAAUUUUACCGAGUGAACUUAAAAUUGCUUGACAUAUGAAUCUAACACCGAGUAAAAAUUUUUAAAUUUUUAAAACAGCUCAAUCCAAAAGACCUCCUUUUCGAAAAAAUGUUUUUGUUGGCCAAUUAACAAUUUUUUUUGCCAAAGCACAAUAAUAGAUUAGAGACCGAAGGGCGUAUUAUUUAGCGAAUGUUUACUAGAGUUGAAAAUUGUUUCUAGAUAAUUGUAGCUAAAUAUUAUGAUGCUAUACCACAACUACAAAUUUAAAACAAAUUGCUGUUUAUUCAAUAUGCUUUUUAAGCUUAAAGACGGUACUGCCAUGGCUUUGGAACAAUUUUUAAUCUUGGCUAAACGAUUUUAAUUACGUUGUCGACUCAUUGCAUAUGGACGGAUGGCAAAACCAACAAGUAUUAAAUGAAGAAUUUGAAGAAAAUCGUUUUGCUUUGUUUGCAAAAAACAACAGUCUAGAUUGAACCAUUCUUCUGUGAAAUUUGACUACUACUCGGGAUAAAAAUUCUUGUAAAAGAUUUGAUUCAAUUAUUAAGGUACGGAUGGCUUAUUUUUAAAGUAAAAUUUUCAUUCAAUUUGUGAAACAUUUGCCUGAACAGUAUCUAUAGUCGUUGAAAAAGCAUUUUUCUGGUUGAAAAUUCUUCUCUUUUUCACUGGAUGCUAUACAAUAGGUCUCCGGCUGUCAGUUUUUUAUGUAAUAAAAUAUUUUUGAUUUCUUCUUAUACGUUCAUUCAGUAACUCUUUUACACUGUGCCUUGCUCUCAAAAAAGAAUCUUUUAAUCAAAGAAUCAUGCUGCUUGGCAAACCAGGAUAACAAAAGAAAUUAAUAUAGAUGAGUUAAAGAGUAUGAAAUAACAUUUAUAUUUUAACUUCGAUUGAAUUUUCUUCAAUUUUGCACCAAAUGGAAUUGAAUAUUUUGCACCAUGAGAAGAAAUUGGGCAAAUAUCAGGUUCUGGUUUUAAUCAGAAAGAGAAUGGAAGAUUUUUGACUUCAUAAAAUUUCAAACUGUAAUCAAUUAAAACUGUUAACUUCGUGCAUGUUUCAGUGUGUCUUAUCUUUGUUGCUAAUUUCUUUUUCUCUCUUGUAUCAGCCAAUAUUUCUUUAUCUCCUGUGUACUUUUCCUUUACUAGCUACCAAUAUUGACUCAAUUUUGCCAUGGGCUAAAUUAACUUUUUCCAUAGUAAAAUAAAAUAUAGCUUAGAUCAAAAGGUGAUUUCGGCCUAGAAACCGUACUUUAUUUAAUAAAGAAGUAAAUAAAGAAAGACAGUUGACCUAAGUAUCUAAUAAGAAAAGUGUAUGAGAGUGCGAGAGUUAAAAGAGGGGGAAAUGAAAGCCAAAAAGGAAAGAAAACGAAAGUGCAUGUUAGUUCUCAAACUGAUUGUCAGCCGUGAAAGUAUUCAAUAGUUGCCAAUAGUGUGCCUUUAUUCAAAAUAUCUGGAAAAUAUUUAAACCUGUCGAUAACUACUUUCAUUUGUCUUAGCAUACGAAGCCGAUACACGAAAAACAGAUAUAUGAUACACGUGUUUUCAGGUGCAAACCCUAUUGCCAAUUCCUCGAUAAAAUGGUCACUAUCGUUACACUUUCUUCUUAAUGCGUUUCGGUUAUGGCCUCAGAAAAACAGUUGCUCCUUUUGACAGUUUGGCUCGUUGCUUAAGGUUUUAAAAUGAAAUAAUUUGACUACAAUUUAAUAAGCAAAGUGACUCUUGCUAAAAGCUUUUUCUGGAUAAUAUAAAGAUGACUACAAAUAAAAAAGACGUUGAUUUGGAAUCGUUUCCAUAAGUGAAUUAGGAAUGAUAUCACCGCGCCUUUUAUGAAAAAAGUAUGAUGUAAAUUCUGGAAAUUGUCCCCCUAUUUGUAAGCUAUUGGCUCAGUGUUUAUUCCUUGAAAAUGGUAAAAUAAUGAAGUAUCAUUGAAUGUGGCUGUAUUACGUUUCAAUAAGGAAAUUACUGCUUUGAUUUUCAAUGACUUUUAGGCCUGUCAUUGAUAUAAAACCAUCUUAUCCAAAGAUUGGUAAAAUAUGACAGGAAAAGACAGCAUAAACAUUAUGACGAAACCUUUAAUCAACAUGGAUUUAAUCAACAUACUGGAACGGAACGCGACAGAUAAAAGAGCCAAUCUUCAUUGUAGGAAAAGCUUUGAAGCAACUUCCAUCAGGGUGAUAUUUGGAGUCACCAAGAGACGAUGGCAGCCAUUUUAGUUUCAAGAUUGUUCUUGCAAAGUGUUAGAUUUAUUCCACGAGCCACUAUCUCGCUUUUGCUCAAUUCACAGCUGUUACAACAAAUAAAGCAUCUUUCCAUUUAAUCCAAUAGCAAAAUUUGCGACUCAUGAACAAAGACUUAAAACGUAUAGAAGUAAACGCGCAAAAAAUAACGGUCGAUUUCAAAGGCACUGUUGACUCGCCAAUUUAUAAACAACAUUGUAUUAACACCCACUUAAUAUGCCGUUGUAAUAACAAUACGAAACAAACUAAUUACAAUGCACAACUUUUAUGUACAAUAUAUAUCCUAUUGAUUCUCAAUCAUUGUCGUGACGAUAAGCAAUCAUAUCUUUAUGGUAAGUAUCUGGAACAAACAUGUUUUACAAACAAUGGCUUUGAUUGACAUUGUUUAUGGAAAUAAAGCUGGAAGAAAAUAACACUGCCAUUGGUAACAAUAAAUUAACAACGGGCAGGCUUUCUUCUACUUGGCCGAAUUAUUUGAAAGGUUUUUUGAGAUGUCAUUUGUUUAACUUUCUGCCUUGUGUGCACAUUUCGAUAAAUUGACAAGCAAACUUCUAACAACGUGAAAGAUUUUGGGUUAAGAGGAAUGGGAGGGUAGGGGUGACGGUAAUGAGCACGUGUAAUAUUAAGACUUUUCCUCGGGUUUCUGUCAGUGCUCUGAGCAGUUUUAUCCAAAGGAUCCAGCCUUGAAAGUGUAAUUUUCAGCAGUGAGUUCAAUGCAUAUGAUACACAAAAAAUGAAGGCAACGCGGCUUUAGGCAUCGCGGCUUUAGGCAUCGCGUAAGAAAAGUCCUCCCCCUGGCAAUGGGGUUUUAAAUUUCACUUAAUGACAGGUUGCAGCAAGAAGCAAGUAAUUAAGGUGGAAGUUUGCUAAGGUGGAAGUUUGCUAAGGUGGAAGUUUACUAAGGUGGAAGAUUACUAAGGUGGAAAUUAACUAAGGUGGAAGUUUACUAAGGUGGAAGUUAACUAAGGUGGAAGUCAACUAAGGUAGAGGCAAGAGUUGCAUUGCACAGGCAGGUCUGGAAAUAAAGUUUAAGUACUGAUGAGGGACCAUUAGACCUGCAACCAAUUUUAAGGAUUUGCAUCGCUGUAAAAACGUUACUUCUGGAUGUUCAAAUCAAAUAAUCAGAUUUAUGAAAUCUGUAAACUAUUCAAUGUUCAAAAUUCAAAGUGAAAGCAUAAUUCCAGUACAUUCACGCUCCAGAAUACUUGCCCUUCUCUUAGAAAAUUAAUAAUAAAUUUAACAAUGAAAUCUGCAUGUAAUUGAAAAUUUGCAUAAAAUUUACACCAAGUUCCCAGCACAUUCACAUGAUGUUGCUGGGUUCGGUCAGAUCAAAGUUAAACCAAUCUUAGCCAAGUCAGGUCAAAUUAUGACGAUGAAGUGUAUUUUGAACUCAUGCGGCCAAGAUUUCCUAAAAUUCCGGCAUGCGAGCCAACUGGAGGUUCAUGGCCGAAGGGCAGAAGCCCCUUGCGGGCAUCAGUUCCAAGCAGUCGGCUUUCACCCGUCGGUAGUCUUUUAUCGGGACCGAACAACCUCGGCUCGGACGUGCCCAUCAGCCGGUUGUCCGUGGAAAAUAAACGACUUUCUUGUCCGAAGAUGCGACUUUCCCCUCCGAUAAGUCUCGAUUCCGUACCGAAGAACCUGCGAUGGUCCAUAUGAUCGGGAUGAAAUCGGUCAAAAAGUUCUGUACCACGGAGAUGGGGCUUCUGCGAAGUCAACGACGAUCCAAGAGGAGACAAUCUUCGAGGACUGAUCUUCCUCGUCAAGUCGCUUGCACACAUGCUGUGGCUCGUUAAAGACCGACACGACUGGGUAUCAACUUUGACAGGCUGAAAGUAUGACGAUUUAUCACGAUUCAAAAAUGACGUAUGACGAUGCCUUUCGGCUUCAUGAUGGGUUUCUCUGUCGACCGUCAUAUUCAAAAUGCUACGAUCAUGAUGUAGUAGUCGAGUUGGUUUCUCUAUGUCAGUCACGCCUCUUUCUCCAGCUCUUCGGUGAUACAUCGACUCAAGAUGCGGCGGCGAGCUGCGGUCUCGAUCAAACAAGCUGUGGUAGGCCCUGCCCAGUGGAUGGCUCAGGCCAUCGUAGGUGAACGGUGGCUCAAAUUCUGGUCGUUUGUGGCUGCUAGCUAGGCCAUCGCGGCCAUGAAAAUAUGGAAGAUGUCUUCCUUGGUGGUGGAAGGGGUGUCUCUCAGACUCUCCGCUGAAUGAACCUCGGAUCAAUCCUAAAAUUCAAUGGUAAUGAUAAGAUUUUUAUAACAACAAUUAGACAAUAUUUAUAAUACUGGCGGCGAGGUAGUCAAUUAGGCCCAUUCACAGUAAUGCCAAAAAAAUAAUAAUCCAUUAUUGCAAAUUGCGCAGUCAGGUAGAUGGGGCAGGAAUAUAUUUUCUUUGUUACAAAUGUUUACAGUAAAGCGGUGAAUGGGCCUAUUUCUGUUUACAGCAUACUUUCAAAUAACUGUGGAUGUGUUGCAUAGACAAGCCGAAAGCAACUGGAAAAAACUCCCUGGUAGAGCACGCUAUGAAGAGACGUUAUUACAUACAUUUUUGGUUUAGUUUUCUUCAUUUAAUUAUAUUAUUAACUUUGUUAGUAACAGGACCAAAACGUCAAAAUCAGGCAGUUCAAAGUUGUGAAUAAAACAGCAUUAGUCCAUUCGAUUCAGUCGAACU